GGCACCAGAUGCCAAAAAUCUGAUAAUGCUGAGCAGAAAGGAGAGGAACCUCCAGGUACGCUAACACAUUGUGUGUGUCUGACUGUAGAUCUAUGUAUCUUGUUAAAACAGUUUUAGCAUUUUAUAAAAGCUCACUGUAUUUUAUAACUUCCUGUUUUACCCUCCGCUACUUGUCCUCUAUCUCCUCUUCCCUAUUUAGGAAACACAAUAACCAUUCUACUAGCAGGACCUUCCUGCUCGUAUAACAACUUUAAGUAUAGUUUUCUGUAAACUUUUUUUACCAGAAAGGACACAUUAAGAUUUCUAUAGUUUGAUUAUUUCCUGCAAAGUUCGUACAAAAUAUAUUGUGAGUUUCUCCUAACCCCCCUACUUCCCUUGUGUGUUUUCCCACACGACUGCCCAUACAGUCACCACUCAUAUGAAUACAUAAAAAAAAAUGCUCUCCCCAAGAAAUCUGUAAAAGAUUUUGGACGAGGUAGAUGAUAGCUUUAUGUUAUAGUUUUACAAAGCUGGAAGAAGGAGCCUUCCUACAACAAACCAUUUGAGAGGGCAAAGCCUGUUAUGAUACAUGAAGUGUCUGUUUGAAGAAAAGCGUAUGUAUUAAAAGAUCAUAUCAUCUUUCUUGUAUUGUGUAGUAUUUCUAAUGCUGAUUGAACAACAUUGUCUGUCAACAUUGUGAUUUGACUGCUGUCUUUUUAUUUAAUUAUUUAUAGAGUGUCUAAAGACUCCAAACUCUCCUAAAAGGGCCAAUGGUUCAUCAGCAAGUAAUAGGUGGUCCUCAGUUGAUCUGAACACUCCUAAACAUCAUAUCACGUCAGCUAUUAAUGGUGGGUCAUCGAAAGACGUCCCUAGACAUGCAACUCAGCCGGAUAUUGAUAAAAUAAGGGUGCAGAUCAAACAGGACAUAAAGAAAGAACUAAAAAUCGCAUACGGAGCCAGAAACAUUGGAAACAUCACAUCGAACAGAAAACAUCAAGGAAAAGUUAACAAGUUUCUAAAAACAUCACGAAAGAAACUAGAUGAGCUUUACAAAAGGCUUCAAGAGCGAAAUGCACAGAUCGUCUUGCAAGAUACAGAAGGUACAUUUUGAGACUUUGUGUUUCCUUGUAAUGCAUGUGCUUGUUUAUUGUGUAUGUAUGUAUAUAUAUAUUUCAAGUAUUUCCUGGAGAACAUGUAUAAAUACUAUGUCACACAUCCAACAUGUAAAUGUAGCGUACAGAUAUUUAGAAGGACAUUACGAGUAAUAACUAUUCAAUUUUGAUUUUACAAUUUGGUGGAUGUUUUAGAGACUUUAAAAAGCAAGGCAAGUGAUGUAUGAGAUCGUAAACUCAACUAUAGAAAAGAUCUCUUGUUGAGCAUCAGAUCACCCACAUUAUACAGUGUGAAAACUUGCAGAAAUAAAUAAAUAUUGCCUGAGGAAGGCUUAGCAUUGUUUGUUUUACAAAAAUGUAAAUGAGUUCAGUGCAAAUUCAACUUUUAGCUAAUUACAGUGUAUUAAAUGAAUACUCCAGGCACUAUAACAAUUACAGAUAUAGGAUUUAUGGGAUUUAUGGUGCCAUCCAAUGGUAAGAUGUCAAAAAGUCAAACAGCUUUUGUAUAGUGAAGCACCUUAACUGUGUCCCCGGAACCUGCAGAAACAUCCACUGCACCUAGUGUUCUAAAGCCAGAAAACAUGUCAGAUGUCUCUGUAAAUUAAAACAUGACCAUUAAAGGAACAUAUUAAUUGGCUGAAGUAGCUCAGUGGAUGCUCUUAGCCAAUUAGCCAGGUCCUACAUGCCCCUACUUUGUUUUAUAAGGCAAUGAGAAUUUUCUCGCUGGAGUAGACUGAAUGCAGGGGAUGAGGUCACAGGCGCCCAGCUGUACCCAGGUAAGGCGUCACACGAGAAUAGUGUGACAGGGCACUCCAGAAACCAUAGCCACAGCAGCAGGCUAUAGUGGUUAAGGUCUUUGGAGUGUUCCUUUAAAUGUGAACUAAAGACUGAAGACUACACAAUUUUUAUCACAUUGUACAAAAUGAAUAAAUGAACAAUUCUGCAAAAUAAAUAAGAAAUGAGAAAAAAGGCACUCACUUUUGAAGCUUUUACAAUUCUUGGAAGUUAACAGGAUUUGCAGCUUCUACAGUGAGCUAUGUCUAUAUAGGAAAUCUUUGGCCCAAUCCUGGUGUUUGCAUUAUUACAUGAGGGAGACAUUUAUUGGGAUCUUGUGAAAACAUACAGAGUUGCAAAGUGGCUUAUAAAAUAACCCCAUUUAUGCCAUGUCUGGCUAUUAUAGCCCCACAGAAAAUGUUGUUCAAGGUGUCAGCCUGUGAUGUCAUCAAGCAUGGGAUGGUGGACUUUUAGCUGUGAUUUUUGUUGUUUUUGUUGAUUAACUACUGCUCUUAGUAUUUAUGUAAACUAGAAUAACUUUACUUACACAUCUUAAUGAUACUUACUUUUUAUAUUUAUUAAGUGAAACUGUCUGCCGACAUUUCUAAAUUCUGUAUAUUUUUCUUGUUACUAAUGUCUGGGAUAUCCAGAGACCUCCUCUGAUGCUCCUAAAUGUGACACCGGCUCCCAGACAGAUAACGCCAAGCUGACUGCUUUGAAACAACAGCUGGAAAUUGAGUUGAAGGUGAAACAUGGAGCAGAGACUAUGGUCCAAGCAUAUUCAAAUGGGCAUUCCAAA